GCCACACUAGUAACUUGAGUCUGACGCGGAAAUUUGGCUUGCUUGAAUCCUUCAGGUUAUCUUUUCUUAUCCUGUUUUGUUACCAACCAGGUUGAGGUUGAAAUUAAUUCAAGGUUUUAUAGUUUGGCUCUGUAGUACUGACCUUGACUUUGAACUACAAUCGUAACCUUGGUUCAUAGGAUAAUCUUACCGGCCUCUAAAUGUAUUUUUUAAGUAAAUAGCAUAAAUUGCAGACAAUAACCGGCUAGUGUUUUACGUGUUAAAGUUGUAUGAUACACAUACUCGAUCUUUUACUAUGCGAUUUGUAGGCUGUUGGCUGGCACUGCUGUUAUUUUCCUUUAUUUUAUACUGUCCUUUUGUAAGAGCAAAGGACUUAAAAAAUUCCUGUCCAACAUGCAAGACGAUAGUUGAAAACUUCGAGAAGGGUUUAGACCGAACAUCUAAAAAAAAUUUUGGAGGAGGGAAUACUGCCUGGGAAGAAAGAAAAUUGUCAAAAUAUGAAACAAGUGAGAUUCGCCUUGUGGAGAUCUUGGAAAAUCUCUGUGACAGUAGCAAUUUCGAGUGUAACCAUAUGGUAGAAGAACAUGAAGAUCAUUUUGAAAACUGGUGGUUUAAGAAGAAACAAAAAUAUCCUGAUCUGUUUAAAUGGUUCUGCAUAGACACAAUUAAAGUGUGCUGUCCAAAGGGAACUUUUGGUCCUGAUUGCAAUGCUUGCAUUGGAGGCUCUGAGAAUCCCUGCAAUGGCAAUGGAAAAUGCAAUGGAGAUGGUACUCGAACAGGUGAUGGAAAAUGCAGUUGUGACAAGGAAUAUGAAGGUGAUUUGUGUCUAGAGUGUGCAGAUGGCUAUUAUGGUAAACAACGAAAUGACACUUUCAGUUUAUGCACAGAAUGUCAUGAGUCUUGCAAGACAUGUACUGGCCCAACCAACAAGGACUGCAAAGAAUGCAAAGAUGGGUGGCUUAAAAAUAAUGUGGAAGAGUGUAACGAUAUUGAUGAAUGUGCUAACGAAAGUUCACCUUGUACAGAAUCACAAUAUUGCUUAAACAAUCCUGGAUCCUACACCUGCAAAGCAUGUGAUGAAGCAUGUGAUACUUGUACUGGAGAAGGCCCUGAUCAAUGUAAAGCUUGUGCCUCUGGAUAUACCCUGGAAGAUUCCAAAUGCACAGAUAUAAAUGAAUGUAUUAAUUCAGAAGAGAAAGUCUGCUCUCGUGAAAAUGAGGAAUGUGUUAACACAAAAGGCAGCUUCAAAUGCUUUUGUGCUGUGGGCUUUGAAGAUCAAGAAGGAGUUUGUGUAGAAACCAAACAAACAGAUGACCUCUCUAAAAAUGAGUCCUUGGAUUCCGAGACAACAAAAGUCUUGGAAAGUGCACACCAGGACUUGUGACCAAUAUUAGCAUUUCUGGAAACCACUUUAAUAAAUUAUUUGAACUCUUUUUAGCUCAAUGUCAUAACUUGAAUAUACUGGCUAUUCGUCUGAAGAGAAGAGUGCCAACUGCAAAUAUGGUCCUGUUGCCAGAUUUGAGAUUAUUGUGUGUGUGUAUAUAUAUAUUUGGCUAAAAAAAGUUACUUUUUAAGUCAUUACUUUUUGGAACAAAUGUUGCAUACUUUUGUAAAUUAUUUACCUUUUGGUAAGUGUAUUAAAAUGAGUUUUGUCCUUUUUAUUCAAAUUAAAAUAUACUUUCAUCAAAAACUUCUAUAAAUAAAAUAUCUAUCUCUUUUUAGUAGAUCACGCAGGAACUCACUGAAGCUCUUUGGCAGACCUUUUCUCUUGCUUUCCUGUUUAAGUUCAUACUUUUUUUUUGCAACCUACGUUUAUUAAUAGCUGAAUCUGUAAAUGCAGCAUCCUUUCGACCCAUAGUUUAUAAUAAAGGGACAUAAACAGUG